CAAGGGACAUAACUCUAAUAACAAUUCAAGAUGGCUGCGCCCAUGCAGCAUGUUCGGAUACUCUGUUGUAGGUCGUUCAAUGUCUUGUAUACACGGUCCUGGAAUAGACACAGUGUGUGUAAUGUCUCACAUCAGACUGCCUUGGGUUCGUGUCUUCCGUUCUCAUCGCGAUCAAACGACAAAGUUGAAGACGAUUUCUUUGGCAUCAAAGAAGACGACGGACGUGUUGAAAAUGAAAGUGUCAAACAAUCUAGAGACGAUGAACAGUUGCAGACAAAAUAUUCUUUCAGAGUUAAACAGCAACUCAAGACGUAUAGCAGAUACUCAGUGCCUUAUGGCAUCGUUAGAAAAGAGGAACAAAUUCGCAGUAAAGAGAAAAAACAAUCAACUAAACAUACGUCAUUAUCUUCUAAAAGGAAGGAUUUAUUUCAAGAAAACAAAUAUGGUGUCAGGGUUGCUGUGGAGCAAGAGGGACAUUCUAAACAGGAUCUUGUGAAACAGAAAAUAAAUACUGGAAUACAUUUGUCCUCCCAGAACGAACGUGAAAAUAUAUUUGAUGAACAGUAUUUUCAGAUUGAAGAAAAUCCCGCAAUUGAUGUAAGGUAUUCUGAUAAUGAUUUUAUGAAACUUCCACAAUUUGCAUCACUUUCAGAAAACUAUGACAAAAACAGUUCUAGAAAUGAUUCAUAUGAUAAAAAUCAGGACUUGAGUUUUGUUGAUAGUCAGUAUUUUUAUAGUGAUGAAGACAUUCAGAGAUCUCCAGGAAGUAUGAAAGGACAUACCCCAGAAUAUUUACAGACACGAAAAUAUGGGAGGUUGCAUUCUAGGGUGGAAACUGAAGGUCUUAAUUUUGUUGACAAACAGUAUUUUGAUACUGAUGCAAUACAUUCAGACAACUCGUCAGUCCCUGACAGUACAUUGCAAGGGAAACACAGUGACACAGCUGACUAUGGUGUUAAAGAAACAGUGCCCCUUGUAGGAAUUGACAGAAUACCUCGAGAAAGAGGUAUUAGAAGACGAGCUGUUACCAGGCAACAGACAAGUAAUCAGGAUGAGGAUGGAAGGCCACUGACUGCUUAUGAUGUUGCUCGUAAACUACGAGAAAACUCCAUAGAGCCUGCCUCAGAUGAAGAUGGAGCUGGCGACACCUCAAGGCGGUAUGCGGGGCCUGUAGACAGUAAGGGGUAUCGUAUCCUCAAGCACCAGGUGGACGAUGUCAUGACCAUGCCCUCGGUGAUGGUAACAAGACUGCUACAAGACAGCAUCAUUUACAACAAAGGUGACAUCAUAGCAAUUGAUAAACCAUAUGGGCUGCCUUCCCACGGUGGACCUGGCGUACACACCAGUGUAGGGCAGUUACUGCCAGCUCUUGCCAGGCUUGUGGAUCACAGCGAUCAGCUAGACACCCUACACCUGGUCCACCGACUGGACAGACAGACUACAGGGGUCAUGCUACUGGCCAAAACAGCAGAGAUGGCCUGGCAGUUGAAGAGCGCCUUCAAGAGGAGGGAGGUGGUGAAGAAGUACUGGGUGCUCACGAAGGGAGUGCCAAACCCCCUCAAGGCUGUGGUUGACAUACCGAUAGGAGAAGGGACAGUUGGGAGGUUCCACAGGAUGGUGUUGAAGCCGGAGUCCACCACAGACACAAGACUUGUCACAAGAAGGAGCUCCACUGAAUCCCACCAGGCCAUCACAGAGUUUGAAGUCCUAGAUAGUCAUGGCAACGCGGCUCUUGUGGAGUGUACGCCUCUCACAGGGCUGAAGCAUCAGAUCCGGGUGCACCUGGCGUUUGGUCUGAACACCCCAGUCCUCGGUGACCACAAGUACUCCCACAUCACCAAAGUGGCACCACAGCGUCUUCAUCCUGACCUGCUUCACCGCCUGGGGAUCCGGCAGAGCAAAGUUCGUCACCUUCCAAUGCUGCUUCACGCCAAGAGCAUCCUCAUUCCAGGGUUCCUAGAUGGGAGAAAUCUCUCCAUCCAGACACGACUGCCACGCCACUUUUCUCUCAACAUGAACAGGCUUAAGAUCAAACCGCCCAGAAACAGAUAGAGGAUAUCACACUUAAAGCCUUUACUUAAAGCCUUCUCAUGGGUGGCCCAGUUGCUGAAGAUGCCGCGUUUCGCUGUGCGGAGUUGCGUCUCUUGGGCACGCCAGAAACCUAUGAUUGUGUGUUCAAAUCCCAGUUCGCCUUGAUUGUUUCUAGGUUUGUCAACACCAUACCUGUGCUCGUGGGUUUCACCGAAGUCUUAAACAUAUGAGGCCUGCAUCAAACCAAAUCAAGCUGACACACCGCGAUAUGACUGAAAUACUCUUAAAAGCAACGUUAAAUUUAAAGAAACCCAAAAUAUUACUCAUCACACAUCAUCAAUAACCCUGUUUCUCCAGUGUAAUAAUCGAGUCUGGGGUAGAAUAGGUCAUCAGCAACCCGUGCUUGCCAUAAAAGGCGACUAUACUUGGCGU